AUGAGAGGUGCCAUGCGAGUCUCAGUCAUGUUCCUUCUGCUGACUAUGUCGGACUGUGCCGUGAUCACUGGGGCCUGUGAGAAGGAUGUCCAGUGUGGGGCGGGCUCCUGCUGUGCAAUCAGCCUGUGGCUGCGUGGGCUUUGGAUGUGCACCCCGCUGGGGCGGGAAGGAGAAGAGUGUCACCCCAGCAGCCAUAAGGUCCCCUUCUUCAGGAAACGCCAGCACCACACCUGCCCCUGCCUGCCCAACCUGCUGUGCUCCAGGUGUCCAGACGGCAGGUACCGCUGCUCCAUGGACCUGAAGAACAUCAGCUUCUAG